AUGUCUGCCGCAAAGGUUUACGUCGGUAACCUCUCUUGGAACACUACCGAUGAGGUGCUCCACCAGACCUUCGCUUCGUACGGGCAGGUCCUCGACUACAUUGUCAUGAAGGACAGAGAGACCGGCCGCUCGCGCGGCUUUGGCUUUACCUACGCCACCCAGGCUGAGGCUGACGCCGCCAUCAACGCGAUGAACGAGCAGGAGCUCGACGGCCGUCGCGUUCGCGUCAACAUGGCCAACUCCAAGCCCGCCGGCGGCGGCUACGGCGGUGGCUACGGCUCUGGCUACAGCGGUGGUGGUGGUGGCUACGGCGGUGGCUACGGUGGCCAGGGCGGCUACGGUGGCGGCUACGGCGGCCAGGGUGGCUACGGUGGUGGCUACGGUGGUCAGGGUGGCUACGGUGGUGGCUACGGCGGCCAGCAGGGCUACGCCGGCGGCCAGGGUGGUUACGGUGGCCAGCAGGGCUUCGGCGGCCAGCAGGGCUUCGCUGGUGGCCAGGGCGGCUACGGCGGCCAGCAGGCUGGCUUCGGUGGCCAGCAGGGCGGCUACGGCGGUGGUUACAGCGGCCAGCAGGGCUUCCAGCAGGGCGGCGAACAGGGCGGCUACGGCGGCGCUCCCGCUCAACAGGGCGGCUUCAACGACGGUGGUGGCUAUGGCGGUGCAUAUCUCUUUUCCUCUCCCAUCCGAGUCCUUGUGCUGACUUUCCAGGCAACCAGGGCGGCCAGGGCGGCUACGGCCAGUACUAAACUGUUCCCAUCCGACUAUGUGUUCGCUGUAUCAGUCUCGCGUUGA